AUGGAUCCAUUUUUUCCUGAGAAUCUUCUUCUAGGUGAUGUUUUCUGGGAUGAACAUCUUCUUUCAACAACUAAUUUUGUUCAAACACAACAACCUUGUCCUAUUCAAAACCCAAGUGCUUUUGUUCAAUAUAGAGACCAACCCAAGAUUAGUUUAGGAAAACAAAACUCUCUAAAAGGGUCCAAUUCACAUUCCAUGAACAAGAGAAUGUUUGCAUUUUUGAGAAAAAGUUUGCCGUCAGAGAGAAUUAAAGCAGCUGAAUGUGAAAGAGAACGUGGCUUCAAACACAUGAUUAGUGAAAGAAUGAGAAGACAAAGACAGAGACAGUGUUGUUCCAACUUACAUUCAGUUUUACCUCAUGGAACCAAAACAGAUAAUAAUUCAGUAGUGCAAACAGCAGCUAAGGAAAUUCAAAGGCUGCAAGGAUGCAAAGAGGAGUUAGAGAGGAAAAACUUUGUGCUUGAAGGAAAUAUCGAGGGAAGAAAAUUGCAGCAUUUGAGAGUGACAUAUUCAUCUACAUCUGGAAUUGAUUCUAUAGUGGAGACACUGAAAUUGUUGAAAGGACAUGGUGUGGAUACUAGAAGGGUCAAGACAGAUUUUUCUCAGCAGGAGUUUUUUGCAGUCUUAGAGAUAGAAACUGAGAUUGCAAGAGCUGACGUGGAAGAGGCUGUUAAGAGAACACUUGAUGAACUUGAGUGGAAGUUUCACUCUCAUGUCCAAGGAGGUUCUGAAAAGCAAAUACUACAUCCAUUUUAG